AUGGCAUCAUUAUCGUCAAAUUUCACAUAUGACUAUAUUGUUAAGUAUAUUAUAAUCGGUGAUACAGGUGUUGGAAAGCAUCUUUUAUGGAAUAAAAAAAAUUCAAAAAUUAUUAUUGUUAAAGAAAGAUUUACUAUUUUAAUCACUAUCAGUGUAGAAUUUGGCGCACGUCUUGUUACAAUUGAGGAUAAAAAAAUUAAACUUCAAAUUUGGGAUACGGCCGGGCAAGAAUCUUUUAGAAGUAUAACGAGGAGUUAUUAUCGUGGUGCAGCUGGUGCUUUGUUAGUUUACGAUAUCACCAGACGUGAAACUUUUGAACAUCUACAUAUUUGGUUGGAGGAUGCUCGUCAGCACUCCAAUUCUAACACUACAAUAAUGCUUAUUGGUAAUAAGAAGGAUCUUGAAACUAAACGUGCUGUUUCUUAUGAGGAAGGUGAAAAGUUUGCCAGGCAGAAUAAUUUAUUUUUUAUAGAAGCUUCUGCAAAAACUGCAGAAAAUGUUGAAAAGGCAUUUAAUAUUCCAGCUCAAGAUAUUUAUAGGAAAAUCAAAGAAUCAAUAUUUGAUGUUACAAAUGAGGCGCAUGGUAUUAAGGUUGGAGGUCAAUCUAGAAUUGGGUCCAAUACGGUACCAAUUGAUGCAAAGGGUGGCAAUAAUGAAUGUUGCAAAUAA